GCCGUUUGGAUGGAUAUUCGGGCAGUGUUUGAAUCCGAGCUCAGCAGCAGUUGUAGUAGUAGUAGUAGUAUUACGACAACUGCAAAAUCGUUUUGCGCGAAACACGAAGAAAAAUAGUAAAGAAGAAAAAGAAAAAUCUGCAGACGCAUUAAUUUUGAUGUUGUUUUUGUGCUCGCCGCAAAUACAAGAAGUCCAGUUGACCUGUGGUGAUUUACUGUGGAUGUUAAUGCGCACCAAUCGAAAAUGGAAAUGAACGUUUUGUACUCUGAGAGACCCCAACUCAUAUCUCAAUUUGACCAGAAAAAGGGUGGUGUAAAGACAGAUGUAAUUAUGACUAACUAUAAAAGCGAAAAGAAUGAUGUGCCUGUUACGCUGGCCAAUGGAUCGACGGUCCCGCUCGUGGAGUUUCGGCCGAAGGAUGAGGAAUCGGGUGACUACGAUCCCUUCGCCCAUCGCAAAUUGGACCAUCCCACUUCAGACAUGGAUACGCUCAUCCAUCUGCUGAAGGGCAGUCUCGGCAGCGGAAUUCUGGCCAUGCCGUUGGCAUUCGCCAAUGCCGGUCUGGGUUUUGGACUAUUCUGCACGUUCAUGAUCGGCUUGAUAUGCACGUACUGCGUGCACAUUCUUGUGAAGAGCGCUCACGCCCUUUGCAAGAAGACGAGAGUUCCAUCGCUGGGCUUCGCCGAGGUGGCGGAAGCGGCCUUCCUGUCCGGUCCGACGUUCCUGCAUAAAUGGUCUCGAUUCGCUAAGGCUAUGAUCAAUUUGUUCCUGGUCAUCGAUCUGCUGGGAUGCUGCUGCGUCUACAUAGUGUUCGUUUCGAAGAACACUAAGCAAGUCGUCGAUUAUUACACGGAAUCCGAUUUGGAUUUAAGAUAUUACAUGGCAGCGCUGUUGCCUCUGCUGAUUCUCAUGAAUUUGAUCAGAAACUUGAAGUAUCUGGCGCCGUUCUCGAUGAUGGCCAACGUUCUGAUUGGAACAGGAAUGGGCAUCACCUUCUACUACAUCUUCUCCGAUCUGCCGGAAGUAACGACUAGACCGAACUUCGUCGACGUUCACAAACUACCAAUGUUCUUCGGUACCGCCAUCUUCGCUCUCGAAGGUAUCGGCGUAGUCAUGCCUUUGGAAAACAGCAUGAAGACCCCGACCCAUUUCAUCGGUUGCCCCGGAGUCCUGAACAUCGGCAUGACCUUCGUCAUCCUCCUGUACGCCAGCGUCGGCUUCUUCGGUUUCUGGAAAUACGGUGACGACACCGAAGGCAGCAUCACCCUUAACUUGCCCAAGGAAGAAAUAUUGGCCCAAUUGGUUAAGCUCAUGAUAGCCGUCGCCAUCCUCCUAACGUACAGCCUGCAAUUCUACGUUCCCAUGGAGAUCAUCUGGAAGAAUCUGAAGCAGCAUUUCGGUGCUCGCAAGUUGGUCGUCGAGUACUCCAUCCGCGUCUUCCUCGUCUCCGCAACGGUUGCAAUCGCCAUCUUGAUCCCAAAUCUGGGCGGUUUCAUCUCUUUGGUCGGCGCCGUCUGCCUUUCUACGCUCGGUCUCAUCUUCCCAGCCCUCAUCGAUCUGAUCACCUUCUACGAGGAACCGGGUCUAGGCCGCUUCAACUGGAGACUGUGGAAGAACAUCUUCCUUAUCUGCUUCGGCUUGGUGGGCUUCGUAACCGGCAGUUACGUCAGCAUUUGCGAAAUCUUGGAAUCAUGAAUGCUCACAUGGUCACGAAACCAGGUUGCAUUCAAGUAUUAGAUUGGUUAGUAUUACGCCUGUUUAGAGAUUUGAACAACUAAAAAAAAAAACAACAACAACAACAAAAAAACAACACCAUCAGCAGCAGCAGACCACGCAAAACGCGAACACCUUACCUAUUUUGUUAAAUCUACAAAUCAUUUAACUUGUGCUUGCCUAUUUUAGUUUCUUGUAGAGCAUAUUUAAACAACAUUAUUAAGAAAAUCGCAUAAGCAAGAAGGUGGAUCAAGGU